AUGCAGUUCUCAAAACGUAUCGGCGUCGCGUUGACCGCGGUCGCCUUCUAUGGACAACGAUGCUGGGCACAAGAUCCCGUCAUGCACACAGACCCGUCGACGAACAUUACGUUCCCGACCUGGGUGGAUGAGAGCGGUUACACAUUUGGUUUUGUCGUGCCUGAUACGGCACUGACAACUGAUACCUAUGAGUAUAUCGGAUACCUCAGCUGCACAACCCCGUCCGGAGCAGGCGCGGCGUACUGCGGCUUGUCCCACGGCCAGUCCGGCCAGAUGAUAUCAGCGCUGCUUCUGAUGGCAUGGCCCUUCGAAGGCCAAGUCCUCACGUCCUUCCGCUUCGCCUCAGGAUACUCGGAACCAGCGCGCUACACCGGCAACGCAACCCUCACGACCCUGGCGUCGACAGUUAACGACACCGCCUUCGAGAUCGUCUACCGCUGCCAGAACUGCUUCGUCUGGAACCAGGACGGCGCGGAGGGCAGCAUCUCGACGAGCACGGGGUCCACGGUCCUGGGCCGCGCCGCCGCCAACGAGGCGCCCGGCAACCCGGGCUGCCCCAACGACAUCACCAUCCCGUACCACCGACGUCUGUUCGGGCAGUAUGGCGCUUCGUUUGCCAACGCCACGGUGGCUGCUUACUCUGACUACGCGGCGCUUCCACCCAAGCCCACGACGACAGCCACGACCUGUGCGGGCGCUACCCCAACUGGCAAUGCCACGACGACCACGAGCCUUCCUACCGCGACGCCCACUGCGGCGUGCAAGACCAUCCCCGCGAACAAGACGUGGGACUACGUCGUCGUCGGCGGUGGCGCUGGUGGUAUCCCCAUGGCGGACAAGCUGAGCGAGGCGGGCCACUCGGUGCUGCUCAUCGAGAAGGGGCCCGCGUCCACGGGGCAAUGGGGCGGCGCUCUCGGGCCUGGCUGGUUGAACGGCACGAACCUGACCCGGUUCGACGUGCCCGGUCUCUGCAACCAGAUCUGGGUGGACUCGGCCGGCAUAGCGUGCACUGAUAUGGACCAGAUGGCCGGCUGCGUGCUGGGCGGAGGCACGGCCGUGAACGCAGGGCUGUGGUGGAAGCCCAACCCUGCCGACUGGGACGAGAACUUCCCAGCAGGCUGGAAGGCCUCGGACGUCACGGCAGCAACGGAGUGCGCCUUCAAGCGCAUCCCAGGCACGUGGCAGCCCUCGACGGACGGCCAGCUCUACCUGCACCAGGGCUACGACGUCCUCGCCAAGGGGCUCAGCGCGAGCGGGUGGGAGUACGUGGUCGGCAACGACGUCCCCGAGAAGAAGAACCGCACCUUCGGCCACGGGCAGUUCAUGUUCGGCGGCGGCGAGCGCGGCGGGCCCCUGGCCACGUACCUCGCCAGCGCCGCGGCGCGCAAGGACGUCUUCGCGCUGUGGACCGACACCGCCGUCGACCGCAUCGUGCGCAAGGGGUCUCACGCUACUGGUGUCGAGGUCUCGUGCUCCGCCGGGUCCGGGUACUCGGGCACCGUGAACCUUACCCCCGGCACCGGGAGGGUCAUCUCGUCGGCGGGCGCCUUCGGGACGCCCAAGCUGCUGUUCAGGAGCGGCAUCGGGCCUGCCGACCAGCUGUCCAUCGUGCAGGCCUCGGCCGACGGCGCCAAGUUGAUCAGCAAUGAUUCGUGGAUCAACCUGCCUGUUGGGUCCAACCUCGUCGAGCAGAUGAACACCGACGUGAUAGUCACCCACCCAGACGUGGUCUUCUACGACUUCUACGCCGCCUGGGACAGGCCAAUCAAGUCCGACAAGCAGGCCUACCUCGGCAACCGCACGGGGAUCCUCGCCCAGGCGGCCCCCAACAUCGGCCCCAUGCUCUGGGAGGAGAUCAAGGGCGCCGACGGCGUCACGCGCCAGCUGCAGUGGACCGCCCGCGUCGAGGGCGACUCGGCCUUCACCAACUCGACCCACGCCAUGACCAUCUCGCAGUACCUGGGGCGCGGCCAGGUGUCCCGCGGCCGCGCGACCAUCACGGGCAGCCUGAGCAUGACGGUCUCGACGCAGCCGUUCCUGCACGACGAGAAUGACAGGCUGGCGGUCGUGGCCGGCAUCAGGAGCGUCCAGGACUCGCUGCGCGGCAUCCCCGGGCUCGAGUGGGUGCGCCCCAGGGCGAACCAGACCGCCGAGGCGUACGUCGACUCGCUGCUGGUGACGGCCAACGGCCGGAGGGCGAACCACUGGAUGGGCACGGCCAAGAUGGGCACUGAUGAUGGGUCUGCCGGGGGCACGGCGGUUGUUGAUACCAAUGCCAAGGUGUACGGCACGGAUAACGUGUUCGUGCUGGAUGCCAGUAUCUUCCCUGGACAGCUGACGGGGAACCCGUCUGCGACGAUUGUCAUUGCUGCUGAGCACGCGGCGGCCAAGAUCUUGGCGUUGGGUUCUUGA